UAGGAGAAAAUUUAUGUAAUUCAAAUGGUUGUAGUGAUACCUCUGAGGAUUGCUCAAAUGGCUUCCAAUGUGAAUGCCGAGAAGGAUUAGCAAGACCCUUUCCUGUGUCUUCUUCUUGCUCAGUUUGUGACUCUGAAUGUAGUGAAAAAAACAAUAAGCAAUGUGUUAAGAAGGUUGGCUCCUUGAAUCCAGAGUGUGAAUGUCUACCUGACUACUUCAAGAAGGGAAGCAGCUGUCAAGCAUGUGACUUUGGAUACAGUGGAAUAGGCUGCAAGGAUAACUAUAUGCUGAUCUUUACUGUGGUGUGUGUCAUUGGUGGGGUCAUCCUCUUGGGUACAAUAAUUGGGUUGAUUGUCUUAGCCAGAUCAAAAAAGAAGGGAAAGAGUGGAGAAGAGGACAGUUUGAUUAAUAGGGACUUCAGUAAUGUGAGGCUGGAGACUACAGGGUUCAACAAUCCAGCCAUGUCCUCUGGGGGCCUUUUCCCCAAGGUCAAUGUUGCUCAAUUUUCAAAGAACCAAAGCAAUGUGAAAAGUAAUCCCUAUGAAGAUCCACAUGAAGAUCCAUAUUUCCGAAGGCCUAUGCCUACACGAGAUUAUUAGGUUAAUGAAAACCCGAAGCCGCCAACCAUUCAUCAAUGAACUGUGACCCAGAUUUUGAGUUCCAAAUUAAUUCAACUGAUAUAUAGUAGAGGAAGAGAUGGCACAUGAAAAGGCUGGAUUUCUUAAGAUUUCUAGUAUUUGGAAGUCACAACUGGUUGAAAUGACAAUUAUUUAUUCACUAAACAUAAAGAAAUGAUUGGGUGUUAUAAGGCUAUUGUUGUUUUUUAAAACCAAUAUGAAGUAGGGACAUUGUCAAAGCCUUGCUAAAGUGCCCUCCAUAUGGACUUCAGAAGUGAGAGUCCUUUGUAUCACAUCAUUCCCAUCCCACUUAGUCACAUGGUUCUGUUAUCUCUCUAAGGAAUGGUCUUGGGGGUCUUCAACUUAAUAGUUACAAAUGCAUUAGGCUAUUUCAGGGUAGUUACAAGGGCAAGGAAGUCAUAAGAAGAUACCAUGCUGAAAAGUCAGAUGAAGGAAACAACCUUAGUAUCUUGCUUUUGUUUUGUAUUGUGUCGGACAGACUUCUGCAUCAGGGGCUCUGGACUUGAGGUACCUAUGCCCCCAGGGGAUGUAAGAAACUUGCUGAGUAUAAGGAAGUGUGAGAAAUUAUGACCUUAACAAAUAUCUCUUUAUUUUAUUUGCAUAUUCUUGAUGAACUCUAGAAUUUAUUUUCUUUCAUAUUGAAAAGGAGAUCUAGAAAGUCUUAUUAAAAAUCAAGGUGUAUGGGGAACAAAAAUAAUCUGUGCCCCAAACUUAAUAAAAUGUCUUUGAAAUAGA